CACAUAUUUUGACAUUUUUCAAUGACUCUGAAAAUCAUAUGGUGUAAGAUUUAUCCAAUUUCGGUUUCGUUUUCGGUUUCGGCCGAAAUUGAAUAAAAACUGAAUAUUCGUUUCAGUUUUAGUCGGAGAUAAAAAGUGGUUUCGGUCAGACUCUAGUAAUAACUCCACAAAUGCUAUCUCCGUUGGUUUUAUCAACUGAUAAGAUUGAAUCAUUUAGUCACCGCGAUACGUUAUAUCGUGCUGCAUCGUGUAUGCUCAAUUACUACUGAUGUAAAUAUCAUUGCGCGUUUGUACCCUCCAGUUGUGCUGAAUGUCAACGAUGAUUGAGCGUGGACUACGCUCCCCGCACACAUAAUCGCUUGUCUAGCUUAGCAAACCGUUCCAUCCAAGAAUUUAGUUUGCCGCUUCCUUUGGUUGAAUAAACACGUCCUUUAGUCGGUUUAACAAUUAAUCAACCGAAGAACAAAGAAGAUAUUCCAGCUACGGCUUUGUUCGCUGUUCCAAACGCUCUUCCUCUCGCUCUCUCUCUCUUCGCUGUGCAGGGAACGUAUUUCUUUUUUCAUCGUCCCGGCUUCUCCCUUAAUAACUCAGUUAUUUUUGCGUCGUGCAUCGCGACAGUAUGGAGUACAAUGAUACGCUGCUCAUCCCAGGUCAGCAUAUACGUCCGCCCGUAACCGAGGAGACAGCGGUCGCACUGCUGAAGCGACUCUACGGUAUGAGGGCGACGAGUGUGCGUGAACUGAACUCUUACGACGAUCGCAAUUACCAUAUGAUAUGUGAUGGGACGACCGUGAAUCCACACGCAAUCAGCCCAGAGAAGGCCGGUUAUGUCCUUAAGGUGAUCAAUUUCUUGGAUUCUCGCAAGACCGAUGUGAUAGAAGCGCAGACAGAAUUAAUGAUUUUCCUCAAUCAGCAAAAUGUCUGCUGCCCAUUACCGAUUAAGAAUAUGAACGGCGCGUACUUUUCUUUGGAGACUCUGAAGAACGAGAAUACCAUGGAGAAGUAUGCCGUGAGACUGUUAGUCUAUCGUCCCGGUGAGUUAUUGUACCAUGUAAAAAUAACCGACGAAUUGUUGCGCAAGGUCGGCAGCUUUACCGCGAGAAUCGAUGAAAUACUCACGGGCUUCAAUCAUCCCGCUUUCGACAAUCACAAAUCAUUGUGGAUGUUGACUUCAGUGCCGCGAGUGCAGCAAUUCACGUAUGCAAUCAAGAGUUCGUUGGAUAAACAGCUGGUGCACGACGUGAUCGUAAGUUUCCAAAGAGAAGUGUUGUCAAUCACAGACCAGCUGGAACAAACGAUCAUACAUGGUGAUCUAAAUGAGCAUAACAUUCUUGUAAGUCCCGACGGUAAAGAUAUUGUCGCUGUGAUCGAUUUCGGUGACUGUCACAGGACUUGUUGUAUUUUUGAGCUAGCGGUAGUUCUUUGCUACAUGAUCCUACAAACAGCCAAUAUAGAAAAAGGUAGAUACGUCGUGGAAGGUUACGAAAAGAUCAAGAAACUGACCGACGUAGAGAAGAAGAUUCUUAAGAUUAGCGUAUGCGCCAGGAUAUGCCAGAGCUUGAUAAUGGGCGCUUACUCGCACUUGCACGAUCCCGAAAAUCAGUAUUUGCUGACCACACAGAAAACCGGAUGGAUGUUACUAAAGAGAUUGUGGCCCAUGAGUCGAGAAGAUGUGAUGCAAGCUUGGGGAUUAACUGUUUCCUAAACAAGUAAUAUUGAUCAG